AUGGCAGAAACUAAGUCUACUGGCAACGACCCUUUGCCUUUUCCUGCUUUCACAGAAGAGGAUUUUCUGGAGCGCGCCACUGCAGUACAAGAGCGUCUCCGUCAGGAGAAUCCGGAUCUGUCUGAGGCCGAACUCGAUUUGAAGCUCUCCACAGGAUGGCAUAAACCAGCAUUUGACCUGUCGCAAGUCUUGAAUGAAUCCGUCCCCAUGGAUAUACAAAACAAACUUGUGGCGGCAUGUCAAGAGUUCAUAGCAGCCGAGUAUUCCCGCGCGGCAUUAGAAAGGUUCACAUCUGAAGCCCGGACUCUGUUAGCAAGUCACGAGAAGGCGCUCCAGCUUGUUGAAGAUACUAUAUUGAAAACCCCCAAUAUAUGGGAUCAAAUGCAUGAACUCGUUACAGCUGGGGCGGGGGGUGUAGAUCGCGAGACGUAA